AUGAGCCGCGAUGGUAUUGUCAAUCGUGCUUUGAAAAUCAUUUGUGAGCCCAUUUCGGCCCUGGACGUUGCAAGCGCCACGAAGAAGAAGAAGGGCGGGGACUCGGCGACCGCCCCCAGUCGGAUAAAGAAGGACUUGCAGGCUGCCAUCAACCAGGUGAAGCGAUUCGAUGAGGCCAACGAGCAAGAUCGGAUCCUCUUCAUCGGCAGCACGUCCAGGCCCUUCGCUGAGGGCGUGGACACCCAGGGGCUGAAAGACUCCUUCGAUGAGAAGGUUUGGGUCAGCUUUCCGGAGUACGGCAGCCGCGUGGUCCUCUGGCAACAGUUCAUGGAGGAGCACGGCGUCACAGUCGACACCAGCAAGCUGAACAUCUCCACCUUAGCGAGAGUCAGUGAGGGCUACCCUGCAGGCUCCAUCAAGCAGACGAUCGACCGGGUGCUGACCGCGCGGCGCGUGCAGCAGCUGAAGAACCGUCCGCUCAAGGUCCAGGAGUUCAUUGGGCCAUUGUCGCGGACGUCCUUCUGCUGGAAGGAGGAGCUGGAUCAAUUCCGCGAGUUCGACCACCUCGUUACCGGUGAGAAGGCCAGAGAAGAGGCGAAGAACGCCCCGCCCGAGGCCGCUCGUGUUGAAAAAUUCCGCACGGACUCCUGUCCCCACGACAACACCCAGGCCAACAACUUCUGCCAACCUCCCUCCCGCACAAAGCAGAACGCAGCCCACUACCCAGGAAGCCAGAUCAUGGUCGACGAAGAAGAAGCACAACUGUACCGUGCCUGGGAGUACAUGGAAAAUCCUCUGGCCGAGCACAGCGAUGACUUGGAGAACGGUUUGCACACCGGAAGCCCCGUGAUGAAAUUCGACUCCAUCUGCAUGUCGUUCGUUAUGGCAUACCGGGGUGGCUGA